CUUUCGGCUGCUCCCAUUAGGGGUUGCCACAGUGGAUUAUUGGUCCGCAUAUUUGAUUUGGCAAAGUUUUUACACUGGAUGCCCUUCCUGAUGCAACCCUCACCAAUUUCGGCCAGGCUUGGGACCGGCACUGAGAGCGCACUGUUGCACGCAAACCCAGUGGCUGGGGUUGGUUCCCUGGCCAGGAAUUAAACCAAGGCAACAGCAGUGAGAGCGUUGAGGCCUAACCACUAGACCUCCAGGGACCCAACUUGUCAACUUGCGGUAGUCUUCUUUAAACUAUCAGUUCCUUCCCUGCUUAUGGAGUGACGUCGAAUCAACAUGGCUGCGGACUCUGUGAACUGUGUCCGUAAGCCGAUGAUCUGCUGUAACCACCAUGUGUUCUGUGCAGCCUGCAUUGAGCUUUGGCUUCAGAAGUGCAGUCAGUGUCCCACCUGCAGAGUUCCCAUCACACCUGAAAAUCCGUGCCGAGAAAUUAUCGGAGCUACAAACGAGAGCGAGUCCAGGGAAAGCCACUCGGUCAGGAGGCAUCUGAGGAAGACGCGAGGGGAAUUACUGCUGCGAGAAUAUGAGGAUGAACUGGAGACUCUGCUGAAGGAGAACGAAGAGCUGAAGAGCAGAAGCAUGAGUCUGGAGUCACAGCUGAAGGCCUCACUGAAGCCUGCUGCCACUCUGAUUUCUCCUAGCAACACUCCGCCUGACUCCGCCCUCCUGGAGGAAACAGCCAAUAAGCUGCGAGCUGCCACUGAGCUCUAUCAGAAAGUGCAAGAGGACAUGGACAAGCUGAGAGACGCAAACAAGACUCUGCGCUCCCAGAACGUCGACCUUGUCCAGGAAAACCUGCGCCUGAGAGCCGAGGUGGAGAGCAGAUCUCCUCAGAAGUUUGGCAGAUAUACUGUAGCAGCGUUGGAGGCUAAGAUCUCACAGUACGAGCGAGAGAUGACUCAGCUGAAGAAGGCUCUGGAGCGAAGCGAUGCGUAUAUUGAGGAGCUGGAGUCCCAAGUGUCGAAACGCCAGAGUGGGCCUCCAUCACAGAGCACUUCCUCUGAGCAGGGGCAGGACGGAGCUGUAGACGGUAGGAGCUCGAAGCUGGACAAUGCAUCUGUGGAUCCUUCAGACAGUCAUGGCUUCCUGCACAUUCCUCCCUCUGAUGAAGCUUCAGGGUCUCAGAAGGACACGAUGGUGAGCUUUGCCAUGCCCUCCACUCCUCCUACUCCCUCCUCGGCCCUUGGUCGUUUAAGUCUGAAAAGCCCUGUGGUGCGGAGCGAGAAAAAGCCCGGCUGUAACCGCCUCCCAUAUCUGAGGAGGCUCAGCUUUGAUGACUGUGGCAGCUCAAGCAGCUUCACAGCAUUUUCCUCAGUGGAACACACUUCUCCUAAAGUCAGCAACAAUCUAUCAGAGCAGAAAACCUCAGUAAACUUAGCCAGUCAGAGUGUGUGGAGCAGGUGGGAGGGGCCUAGUUCCAGUGCUUUCCACAGUGCAAGGGAAAACGAACAGAACGUCAGUGAGGGCGUCUCCUUAGCAGAAGAAGCUCGUAUGGAUGCAGCGUUCCUUGACAUCGUCUCUGAGCUUGACUCCAUGAUGGCCGAAGGGGAAAACUCUCGCUCUCGCACACAUCGGCCUCCGCCUGACUUUGAUGCCGCAUUGUUAUCAGAUCUGGUCGUCCAUGUUGAUCCUGAAUCAGCCAGAGAGCAGCAGCACAGUGCUGCAGAUGUAUCAGAGACCUUCGGUGAAUCUGUGAAGCGGAAAUGUCCCAUUAGCUUAGCAACGUCCAGUCCCUCCAAACUGUCCAGGAUUAAAUAGUUUCACAUCACUUUUUUAUAAAGUUCCCUCCAAUCUGGAAAACAUGACUUGGUAUUCAUGUAUGAACAUGCCAGAGAUUUUGUUAGCCAGCUAGCACAGAUGAGCUAACAUGACAGGAUUUCUGUCAGAUUCAUAAUCUUAACACUCUUCUAACUGGUCAAUAUAAACUAAACUGACACAAUUUAUUAGAAAUAUUCUUAAUCUUCAGUAUGCUAACCUACCAGGAUUUCUGAGAGGAUUCUUUUUAAAGUCAAAUGCAUAAAUGUUCAUAAUCAUCAAUGCCAAUGCUAGUUGGCCAGCAAACAUGAGAUCUAGAUCUUAGAUCUGGAAACAUUUAGUCAGACUGAUACUUUAUAAAUAUUUCCUACUUUCACAGAAUGAGGUAAUUUGACAUUGACUAGCAGACGACCAAUCACAGACUUUUCCCCACCUAGCUCAUCAUCAACCAUGCAAGAUCAUCUAGUCUUCUUACCACUAAGUGCUUCAAAUCAAACUCUUUAAUAACUUUUAAAGGUGGGAUUCUGGGAACCUUUUUUUCAGUCCAGUGACUGUCUUACACUGAAUUGCUCAUUGUGUUCUCCUAGAAGUGUCUAUAUGUGUUAGAGCAAAUAGCCAAUCAGAUUGCAGCCUUCAGUAUUCUGAAGCAUGUGGUCAGAAAAGUGUACAAAAGACCUGAGCUCUGUAUCCAGUGGGCAGAACCUCUGAGGCUGAGAUUAGGGUCAGUUUAGGGUUUAUAGUGCAGUUAUUUUCAUUUUUAGGUUAUUUUAUUUGCUUCUCUUUUUUUAAAUUAAUGUUAUACUUUGUUUUUUAAGUUACCUCAAGAUACUCUUAUACCAGUGCCUGACUCUACUGUGUGUCAGGUAACAAGUAUCUGAUUAAAUCUAUUUAUUUCCUCCUGUUCAUUUGUUAAUUUUUUUUUUUGUAUAUUUUUGGGCUGUAUUAUCCACCCCUAAUGGCAGCUAUGUUCAUGUUAAAUAAUGAGAGUUCUUGGUCUUAACCCUCAAGUACUACAGUAGACCAGGCCACCAUGUUGUAAAUGAUUUUUCGGCUAUAUCUUUUUUUUUAACGAACUGUGGAAGUUCUCUGUCAUUACACCUUAAGAUGUUUUGAAAUCAUCCACUGUCAAAGUUUAUACUUGUACCAAAUAAAAUGUUUGAAGACACAA